CCCAAAUAUCAACUCAUUCCCACUUUUCCCUAGUAUCUCUCUCUUUCGUCCUCCUCUAUCUACCAGAAGCGACACUAUAACGCCUACCUUCAAAAACUGAUUAACAUGGCGGAGGAGGCGAUUCUCGGCUACCUACAAAACCAUGAAGAAAUAUCGGAUUCAGGUCAAUUCGCCGCUGAAAAUGGAUUAGACCACACUGAGGUCGUCAAUGUCCUUAAAAGCCUAUUCGGUUUUCGCUUUGUCGACGUUCAGGAUUUAAAGAGGGAGACAUGGGUACUCACCGACGAAGGUAAAAAGUACGCGGUUGAAGGAUCGCCUGAGGUUCAGCUCUUCUUGGCAGUGCCGGCCGAGGGUAGCAUAUCGAAGGACGAGUUGCAGACAAAGUUUAAACGUGAGGUUUUCCAAAUAGCAUGCACACAAGCCGGAAAGAAUAAGUGGGUGGCAUUGGGAAAGCAAAUUUCAAGAAAGGUUCAACAUGUUGAAGACAAAGUAAAGAACCUGCUUUUGGAAAUUCAAGAUGGGAAGGAAAUUGACCAAGAGGGUAUCAACUCUCUAAAGACAAGAAAGCUUAUCAUUUUACAGACAUGGAAAGGCUACUCGGUGAGAAAAGGUCCUGAUUACGCACCAAAAAGAAAGAAACCAGCAACAGAUUUGACUCGAGAAAAUCUACAGAAGGGUGAUUGGAAGGAACUAGAGUUUAAGGAGUAUAACUUCAAUGCUAAGGGUCCACCGGCUGAAUGCGGCCAUCUCCAUCCACUCAACAAGGUGAAAGACCGAUUGAAGGACAUAUUUCGUCAACUUAACUUCGAGGAAAUGCCUACAAAUAGAUAUGUCGAGAGCAGCUUCUGGAAUUUUGACGCACUGUUCCAGCCGCAGCAACAUCCUGCCCGUGAUUCACAUGAUACAUUCUUUUUGCAAGUUCCUUCAACUACAAAGCAUCUGCCAGAAGAUUAUGUUGAGCGAGUGAAGGAGGUUCACGAGGCUGGAGGAUAUGGAUCCAGAGGAUAUGGGUAUGAUUGGAAAAGAGAUGAAGCAAACAAAAAUCUUUUACGAACUCACACAACAGCAAUUUCCUCCCGAAUGCUUUAUGCACUAGCACAGCAUUCAAAAACGCAAACUUUUACACCAAAAAGAUACUUCUCUAUUGACCGUGUUUUCAGAAAUGAAGCUGUCGACCGUACUCAUCUAGCAGAGUUCCAUCAGAUAGAAGGUUUGGUGUGUGAUCGAGGGCUUACUUUGAGUCACUUGAUUGGAAUCCUGGAAGACUUCUUUUCCCGAUUAGGCAUGUCUAAGUUGCGUUUCAAGCCUGCUUACAAUCCUUAUACCGAACCUAGUAUGGAGAUUUUCAGCUAUCAUGAAGGCUUCGGGAAAUGGGUAGAGAUUGGAAACUCUGGCAUGUUCAGACCUGAAAUGCUGCGUCCUAUGGGAUUCCCAGAAGAUGUUAGUGUUAUUGCUUGGGGCCUUUCACUCGAGAGACCAACGAUGAUAUUGUAUGGAAUCGAUAAUAUCAGAGAUCUGUUCGGUCACAAGGUGGAUCUUAGUCUGAUGAAGAAAAACCCUCUGUGUCUCAUCGGAAUACGGUAGAUUGUGAAAUGCUGCUAAAAUCAUUUAAUGAUAUAAUAGAACAAAUUGAAUUGAGUUUAUUCAGCAGAAACUGGGAUGGCAAUCAGACUCAUGAUUGGCUCUGUAUUCUUUUGCCAUCCUCAUAUCGUCAAACUCACUUGUAUUGCACUGCACAAAAUAUAUUUUAAAUUUCUAAUUUUAGGCCAGUGUUCAGAUUGUUCUCUUCUAA